UCUUUUCUUGAAAAAGAAAAUAAUAUGUUUUUUUAAUACUUUUCGGUACUUGAAAGUCAAUAGACGCUUGGACAGAACCAUUUGACAAUUGCAUCUGUGAUUCCAAAAUCCACAUCUUGAUCUUUAUUCAAUUCAAUUCAUCUCGAUCAGGUGAAACGCACUUUGAUCUUUACCCAAAAUUCACACUUUGAUCCACACUUUUCCUUUAAUUUUAUUCGAUUAUAUCUCUUACCAAUUCCCAGUAAUUCCGUUCCAUUUUUUAACCCAUAUUUUUCCACAAUUCUCACCAUCAGAUCUCACUUCUAAUGACUACAGUAAAUUAAAUCUUUACCAUUUAUCAAUCCCCAUUAUGCAUCAAGAUCAAAUUUUUCAUUUUGAUUGAAUUCAAUAAUUAUUAAUAUGUUAAAUUAUCAAUACACAACAGAUAGUCCCAAAUCCUUUAAUGCAUACCCAAAAGGUGAUUUUGAUUUAGAAUCAAACUCCUAUACUAAGUCAAGAAAACCAUCCAAAAAUCAUUCAUCUUUGUAUAAUUAUCCUGUCAUUAUGUUCAAAUCUUUCGGAAAUCGAAUAAUGUACUAUUAUAAGUUGCACCCAUUACUCGUUUUCGUUGUUUUUGUAUUGUUGGGGGUGGCCAGUUUCGUAUGUUUUUCGGUUUAUGCUAAUGGGUUUCGGGGUAUGAGUAAUAGUAGUAGUUAUAGGAAAGUUGAUUUUGGGAUGUCAGAUAGUGGUGAUUAUCCGUUUUCGAAGCUUAAAAAUCUUGUUAUGGUUGCUGGGCAUUCGAUAUAUACGAGUAGUAGCUGUGAGAAAAUUGAUAAGGAAGAUUCGUGGUAUUUGGAAACGUAUCAGAAGAAUCCGGGACAAGCUUUGACGUUUGUUGAACAUAUUAAGGAAGGGAUUGAAAGUGCUGCUAAAGACGAUGUGGCUUUGUUGUUGUUUAGUGGUGGCGAGACUCGUAAAGAUGCUGGUCCUCGAAGUGAGGCACAGAGUUACUGGAUGGUUGCUGAAUCUAAAGGAUGGUUUGGCAACCAAGAGAAGGUGAGAUGGAAAGCACUCACAGAAGAACAUGCAAGAGACAGCUUUGAGAACCUUCUCUUUAGUGUCUGCCGGUUCCGGGAACUUACUGGUUCUUAUCCACAAAAUAUCACAGUUGUGGGUUAUGAUUUUAAGAAAGAACGCUUUCUUAGUUUGCAUCGUUCUGCAAUUCGGUUCCCAGAGACGAGAUUCUUCUAUUUGGGCUCUCCAGCUGCAACAACAUCAAGAGAUGCAGCAUUAAAAGGCGAAGCAUUAGUGAGGACGCAAUUCCAACAAGACCCUUACGCAUGUCUAGGCUCACUUCGGCGCAAAAAGAUUGGCCGUGAUCCAUUUCACAGGUCAAUUCCUUACCCAAGUGGCUGCCCUGAAAUUGGAAGCUUGUUCAGAUAUUGUGGAGCAUCAGUAUAUACGGGUUCUGUUCCUUGGGCUUAAGUUUAUAUUGCAAUUUUGUUCCAUAUUUUUUUAGGACUGUACGACUCCGAAACAAUAUUUAAAAUGUUGAUUUAUAAUAUAUAAUAUACGCAGGAGUGUGAUGUAGAGAGAAUUUGGAAUAACUAAUCGAACAUGUUGAUUCAAAGGAAUACCGGGAAUAAUUCUUUUAAUAAUCGUUGAUUCGAGAGAAUA